AAACAUGCUUGACAUCGCUGAGAAGCCGUGCGGACGUCGAUGCCGCACUCGUCUGUUUCUCAGCUCUGAUUUUUAAUUGUGUGUGUGGGUUUUUUUUUAAAAUUAUUAUUCCUUUCUUUUUAAAAAAAUAAAUAAAUAAGAAAAAAAUCGCGUUCACCGUCCUGCGCCGGAGCACAUCCUGCCCGUCAUCUCGUCUUGUGGCAGAUUUCUGCUGAUGCAGGGAUGUCUGGGAAUGCCAAGGGCUCGCUUAUUGCCCCUUAAUGCAUCUCUCUCCGAACUGCAGCGUAACAUCUCCUCCUGCGGUUUGCUCAUAUGCUGUUUGCUCUGCUCACCACCGUGCCGCUGCCAAAGCAACCUUGGGGCUUUGCAGCAUAGCAGUUCCCCUCUUUUCGCUCUUUUAUUUAUUUACUUAUUUAUUUAUUUUAAUUUUUUUUCCCCCUCCACCUCCCGUCUUUAAAUUACAUAGCUUUCCUCUUCGACUCGUCUUAUUUUAAGAGUGCAGCUUAGACGACCGCGCACUCCCGGGUGCUAGGCUGGUGCAACUUAAAAGUUUCACACCUUAAAAGCCUCUGCUGCUGCUGCUGCUGCUGCUCUGCUGUUGGAUGAUUCUGCUCGAAGCUGUUCAGGACCUCUCAAGAUCACACCACGAAGCAGCAGCAGCGACUGCUUCACAUGCACUGGGGAGCUGCAAUGGUCAAGUCAGCGAGAGCCGCAGUGGAGCCGCACUGAGGCAAAGCAGCCAACCACCCCCCCCACUCGCAACUGGGGACGCCUCCAACGAUCUGUGGGGUGUGGGAAGCUGAGGAGUGGAAAAAUUUCUCCCAACCGUGAAUGCCUGGCCAGUCAGACUAACCGACACCCCUCCGUGAUUCCGUGAUUCCUGCUCCGUCUCUUGCUCCGCUGCGUCCUCCUCCACCUCUUUCCCCCCGAAAAUGACCGUUGUAGCGGGGGACAACAUGGACGAGACCUCAGCCGUCCCGGGACACCCUCAGGACACCUACCCCCCGGAUCACAAUGACCACGAGUGUUGCGAGAGAGUGGUCAUCAACAUAGCCGGCCUCCGGUUCGAGACACAGUUGAAAACUCUGUCGCAGUUUCCAGAGACUUUGCUCGGUAACCCCAAAAAGCGGAUGCGGUACUUUGAUCCCCUGAGAAAUGAGUACUUCUUUGACAGGAACCGGCCCAGCUUCGAUGCAAUUUUGUACUACUACCAGUCAGGGGGCCGGCUAAGACGGCCGGUAAACGUGCCCUUGGAUAUGUUCUCAGAAGAAAUCAAAUUUUAUGAGCUGGGAGUGGACGCGAUGGAGAGGUUUCGUGAGGAUGAGGGUUUUAUCCGAGAGGAAGAGCGUCCGCUCCCUGAGAAGGAGUUCCAACGUCAGAUCUGGCUACUUUUUGAGCAUCCAGAAAGCUCAGGCACCGCAAGAGGGAUCGCCAUUGUGUCUGUGAUGGUGAUCCUCAUUUCCAUUGUCAUAUUUUGUUUGGAGACUCUACCACAGCUAAAAGAAGACCCGAUGGGUCGAAUCGAGAUAUUCGGGAACAUUACAAUACGCUACAAACCAAAUAUUCUUACUGACCCCUUCUUUAUCAUUGAGACUCUCUGUAUAAUCUGGUUCUCGUUUGAGUUGAUAGUACGCUUCAUGGCAUGCCCCAGCAAACCGGCCUUCUUCAAGAACAUGAUGAACACGAUUGACAUUGUGGCCAUUAUCCCAUAUUUCAUUACACUCGGCACCGAGUUGGCAGAAGACCCAGAAAACGAAGGGGUGGGGGAGCAAGCGACUUCUCUGGCCAUUCUCAGGGUGAUCCGUCUGGUCAGGGUGUUUCGGAUCUUCAAGCUGUCGAGACAUUCCAAGGGACUUCAGAUCCUGGGGCAGACCCUCAAGGCCAGCAUGCGAGAGCUGGGAUUGCUGAUCUUCUUCCUGUUCAUUGGAGUCAUUCUAUUCUCCAGCGCUGUCUACUUCGCCGAAGCCGAGGAGCCGGGUUCUCACUUCGGCAGCAUCCCGGACGCCUUCUGGUGGGCCGUCGUGUCCAUGACAACUGUGGGCUACGGGGACAUGGUACCAGUCACUAUCGGGGGCAAGAUUGUUGGAUCUCUGUGCGCAAUCGCUGGAGUCUUAACAAUUGCCCUCCCAGUGCCUGUCAUUGUAUCCAACUUCAACUACUUCUACCACAGAGAGACGGAGGGAGAGGAGCAGGCCCAGCUUCUCAAUGUCAGCAACCCCAACAUCCCGUCCGAAACCAACUCCAGCCGCCGUAGCUCCUCCACCGUCAGCAAGUCAGAGUACAUGGAGAUUGACGGAGACAUCAACAAUAGCAUCGACAACUUUAGGGAGGCGAACCUUAGAACUGGAAAUUGCACUAUCGCCACUCAGAACUGUGUGAACAAAAGCAAGCUGCUCACAGAUGUUUAGGCAUCAGCUAGGAACUCUUGGUCUUCGUGUCACACGGGGGAGUAGACCAUCUGAUAGGAAUGCUUCAUUUAGCUCCCAGAGCGCUCUACUGGCAUUAGGCCUACAACUAUCCUCAGCCGAAAACAAAAAUAAAGAAAAGAAAAAGAUACAGAGUUGUUACAGUAUAUACCAAUGUAGAUAGAAUAAUUAAUUUUAUUGAUCCAAUAACUAUAAUGUUAAGAAAACAUUGAUUACUACACAUAUACACAGCUCCUUAGAGGACACAGAGCACACCUUGUCUUGUCAGAUGAUGGUGUGAUAACUAAAAAUCUUAUGCAUGCACUACAGAUAACUGAUCAGCAAGCUGCACAAUGCACCAGAAAUGACUGCAGACAUUCAAGCCUCUAAGCCAGGUGGUUUCCGCCAAGAAGGUAGAUGACCCCCCCACCCCAAGCCCUUCGCCUCCCUGCUCCCACAACUCCUUUCCCUCUCCCCCUGCAAAGGAUCUGCUACCCAGCAAAGCACCUUAUAGUAGGAAGACUGCUCUUCUCUCUUGUUUUUGGAUGUAAACAGAUGGUGAACUGCUUGCUUCACGGACAUCUGCAAUGCUGCUGCUCACGCAGCAGCUGCCGUAAUUGUGUUAUCACCAAGUGAUCCGAUGCCAUGCCCUUUAGAUGCAUCACAGCACAACUUGUAAAAGUGAGCUUCAUGCGAGCAUGAUUUUAGAGACUUUCCAUUUGAUACCGGCAUGCAUGAGGCAUAUGUCACAAAGUAGGGGAAAGGAUGUUCUUUUGGAUGUCUGCCUCCAUUUUCCACUUCUCCCUUUGUUGCCAUACAGAGUGCACUGGAUGAGUUCUUUUUCUUUUGAACUGCUAAUCAUUUAGAAGUAUAGAAACUGAAUGUUAACUCUUAAGGGAACAGUACAUAAAUGAGAUCAUAGCAUGACAAAAAAGUAACUUGCAUUAUGGCCUAACCACUAAGGUACUUCUGUAUCCUGGUAUAUUUAAUGUGCGAUGUAUACAGCAUGAUGUAUACGGCUUGUUGCGGUUCAUCCAUUUCGCAGUUCCCCCAUCGUCGGGGAAACUGAAGAAAUCGAAAAAUCUGGGUCUUUCUGAAUUGUGAUCAGAUUUACAGAAAUCCAACUGUUAGGCUGCGGAGUUUCUAAUUUAAAAGUAGACAAAGAAAGUUACUAAGUAAUAUUGGAAAAUGCGUAUAAUCAUUAUAAGCACCAGUUACAGUAUUAGUCAAUAGAGGAGUGCAUGGACCUUCUUGGAGAACAAAAACAGUUCAUAUAUAUUUUCAGUCAUUUCUUUUUUUUCUUUCGUCAACUACAAAGUUUAAUAGAAAAAAAACUAAAUAAAAUUAGUCCACAGAAAAGAGUCAUGUUUCAUAGACGUAUUCUGAGAUUAGUUUCCAGUGCCUUUUAUCCCUUCCACCAACAGGAUCAGUGAAAGUGCCUCAGUGUGCAAACGGUGUUUGGGUAGAUCCGGUGUAUGUCAGUGUCAAACAUUGCCGGGUGUGAUGUUGGUGAAUGCUAGACGGAGUAAAGGCUCACACAGCGGGUGACUGUGGUACGUGCACAACCAAAUGUUCGUGCUGGCAUGCGUUUAAUGAUGCCAUUAAGCAGCAAUGGAUUGUUUUCUGCAUGUUUACCAUAUUCAUUCACAAAAAAAAAAGAAAAAAGAAAAGAAAGAGUCUUCAUCCACUCCGGUUUUACUUCUUUGUGCACCGUGCAUCCUUUCAGGGUUUCUACCUCAGUGAGGUCAUUGCAAACUUGCGGAGCUGAAGGCUUCAAUGCAGGGCUUCCAAUACCUAUACCUACACAUGCAC